CUAGUUACUACAAGUACAUACCUAAGGUACCUACCUACCAACACCACCAUCAACACUAUAGCGCUGAGCCGUGAAUACCGCAAAACGACCUCGAACAUAGAAAAUCUUAUAUAUUGCAUUGCCGUCCAAAUCUACAAAUCUCACCUAACAAUUCUUUCUCAAUGGCUAAACGGAAGCGUGGUACCAAUACCACCAACAAGUCCGGACCAAACGGUGCUCAGCCGACACAGAAGCGCGCGAAAACAGAUAAUUCCUCUUCAAAUAAUGCCGAAGCGACACAUCUUGACCUUGAAAAAGAUCCAUUUACCGAGACUCUAACCCCCGAAACUCGACGACGAGAAGCGAAAGUAUACGAAUUACUCGGAAGUGCAGAUAGUGACGAGCGAAUUGCUGCCGCCGAUGCUCUAGUGACUGGGCUCCUGGAAUCCUCUGAAGUCGCCCUUGAAAGACAUCUUGAGCACCGUCUGUUCCGUGGUCUUGCAAGCUCACGGAAUGCGUCACGAGUGGGCUUCAGUCUUGUGCUAGCUGAGAUACUGAACCAGCUAUUCGGGUCCAAGAAUCUCGCUGAGUCGAAGUACCAGGGCUUAACCUUUGACAAAGUUCUAGAUAUCCUGGUAGAAAAAACAACAUCUGGUGGUCACCUUCCUGGACAGGAAGAGCGAGAUUGUUAUUUUGGUAGACUAUUUGGCUUACAGUGCUUUGUCGCGUCCAAGACUCUCUUCGAUGACAACACACGAUGGCUAAAAAUAUUGGAUUUGCUGCUAGAAAUGGCUGAUAAGAAAGUAUGGAUGCGCUCGCACUGUGGAUGGGUAAUCGUGGAAUCAUUGCCCCAAAUGGGACAGAACGGAGCAGAGGAAACUCUGCAAAAGUUGUCUGAUAUCGGAUUGGGUAAAACUACGGAGGGAAUCGGAAUCUGGAUGAAGGCGCGAAGUUGCUAUCCCAAAAUGAAAACGCCCACCAAGCCAUGGCAUGAUCCCAUGAGUCCCGGCGCUCUAUCCGAGGUCGCCAGAAUCUUGAAAGAUAAUGUGGGACAAGAUAACGAAGAUGUGACAGCCACAAAAUCUAAACAGGGAGGUUGGAGUGCCCAGCUGCAUUUCGUUUGGGACCUCAUUCUCGGUACUUUCAUUGGACAGGAAGGAGGCGCAAAGCAAAGCAAAGAUCAACUGAAGCUUUUCUGGACUACUGUUGUUGAUGAUUGCCUCUUCUCCAAGACUGCCUCAGACGCACAAAAGUUUCGAGGCUUUGUGAUAUUCCAGAAAUUCCUCCAAGGAUUCGCGGGCGUAAAUAAUACGCUGGUAAAGGAGCUUUUCACUCGAAAUCUCAUGAAGUGUUUGAUGAACCAGGCUGCCAAAGAGGAUCGGUAUCUCCAUCGUGCUGCGUUGAAGAGUAUUCAGUCGAUCGAAAAGGCUGUACAAGCCUCUCCAGAGCUCCUAUUACCGGCCUUGAAAGAACUACUUGGAAAGCAUGGAGUGUAUGACUUUGACCAGCGAACGAAUACCAAGACAAUUGAAAACCUGCUUCAAUGGGCUUCGCCCAGUAAUGCCAAAGCUAUUCUCAAAUUUCUUCAAGAUCCUAUUGUUAUCGUCAAAGAUGGUGUGGCUGGUGAAGUUGAAAAAUUUAGACAAGUCUACGCCGGUUACGUUUCCAAGUUGGCUAUACAGGCAAAACCAGCACCUGAAGCCUCCGAUGAUGCCGAUAAGACUGUAAAUAUCGCAGAACUUGGCGUUAAGGAGCUAGCAGCAUGCGCAUACUCUGUUCAGCCUCAGUAUAACCCAGACCUUUCAGAGAAGUCAAGGGAGACCUUCCGGAGACUGCUUUCAUCUACGAUUGGAAAAGUCAUGAGGCGGCGAGACGACGCUGAAUAUUUAUGCAAUGCGGUCAUCGCAGUUGAGGCCACAGCAGUGAGUAUGAGCGAGGAAAUCAAAGCAGAGCAAAAAGGAGCACUGAAGACUAUGCAAAAGCUGCUUAAGGCAGGCAAAAAGUCCGAUAGUAAAGAUGCUGGAGCACUAAUUGGCUUAGCUCUACUAUAUGCCAUUACCAUACUACAAUUAUACGACGGGGCACCGGACGCUAUUGAUAUCCUUCAAGACUUGAACCGGUGUUCGGAAAAGAUGAAGAGUAAAGAAGGCGGAAGCUCUGAACUUUUGGUGGAGAUCUUGUUGGCUUUGGUCUCUCGACAAUCACCUAUGAUGCGGCAGAUCAGCGAGCAAGUCUUCGAAGCGUUUAGUUCACAAGUAUCCUCUGAGGCUCUUGAGCUUCUCACGGAGCCACUUUUCGCAGAGGAGAGCGAAAAGGGAUACCAGGCACUGUUUGAGAACCUCGAAGAAGAUGCAGAGAUGGUGGAUGCUGAAGACUCGGGCUCCGAAAACGAUGCUGAGGAUAUGGACGAAGAUGAAAUUUCCGAAAUCGGCUCGGAUGUUGAAUUCCUUACUUUGAAUGGGGCAGAUACCACCGCCGAUGGUGAAGAUGAAGAUGGGGAUGAAGAGGAAGACGAAGAGGAGGAUGAGGACCAAGAGCAAGCAGACGCAGAUGCACAAGAGCUUGCGAACUUCGACGAAGCCCUCGCCAAGGUCUUGAAAAGCCAUCGACUGGACAAAGACAAAGACGCCGAAUCAUCAGACAAUGAUUCAGAUAUGACAGACUCGGAGAUGAUGGCAAUAGAUGAGAAGCUAGGCGAGGUGUUCAAGCAGAUGGCAAAGAAGGCCGGCAGCAAGAAGAAGGAAAAGAAGGAUGCCAAGGAAUCAGUCAUCAUGUUCAAGCACCGCAUCAUCGACCUCCUCGCCCUCUACGUCAAGCACGAGGCUGCGAACCCCCUCGCCUUCACCCUCCUCCUCCCCCUCCUCGAAACCGUGCGCACCACCACCGCCAAGCCCCUCGCCAACAAGGCCGCCAUGGCCAUCGAGAACUUCUCCAAAGCCUCCAAGAAGGCCCGCGUCGCGAGCGACAACGACGUGAAGGUGGACACCAAGGCUCAAUUCGCCCUCCUAAAGGAGAUCCAUCAGCAGGCCGCCAAGGACCAGUCGCACGCGUACAGCAGGGCGGCGUCGGCGGCCAGUCUGCUCGUGGCGUCGAGUCUAUUUACCGACAAGGAGAAUAUAGACGGCAUCAAUGCCCUCUACGCACAGACGUUCGCUGACUGCCAGAAGGGCAUUAUUAAGAUGCAGGGGUUCUUCUUCUCGGAUUGGGUUAAUUGGGGUAUGGGUCAUGCUGCUAAUGUGCAGCAGCAGCAGCAGCAGCAGCAGUAGUAGUAGUAGUGUAUAUAUUACCCCUUGAUAUAAUGCAAAUACCGAGAUAUCUAGGUAGCCUCCUUAUCUUUCCCUCA